GCGUCUUUUAACUUUAUGUGAUUAAUUGGAUAUUUUAAAAAGUAUUUAUUCCUCACAAAAAAAUAUACGACGCGUAUGGCGCUGGACAGCUACACAAGACUGGUUUUCAUUGGCGAUUCUAAUAGCGACAACGGCAAUGUUUUGCGCAUGACCCAGGGAACGCACCCAAAGCCCAACACAGUCUACUGGCGCGGCAGGUAUUCGAACGGCAAGACGUGGACAGAUAUUCUGGAAGAGAAGUCUAAUAAGCCAGCACUCAAUUUGGCCCACGGGUGUGCCACCAUAGAUAACGAGCUGGUUGCAGGCACCGCGCCCAUGCCCAACGGCAGACGCGCUGAGAUCCCCAGCGUUCUGGAUCAGGUUGCCCAAUUAACUGUAGCAAAGAUAGAUGCGAGGGACUUGGUGUUUAUUCAAGUCGGCUCCAACGACCUCAACUCUGUCAUUGACACAGGGCCGACAUACAAUAAGAAAGCGGACUUUACGCCGACUGUGCUCGCUGCAAAGCUACGCCAGGUCGUCGAGAUUCUGUGUUUGCAUGGCGCGCACCAUGUUGUCGUUAUGAAUGUAAGGCCACGCGAGGAUUAUCCUGGCGUUAUUGCGCUUAAGAAUCCGCAGAAGCUCGAGCUGUCCAGAAGCAUGACCUUGGAGCUCAAUGCUGCUAUUGACAGGGAGAUAGCCCAUCUGCAGGGUGCUUUGGGCCGAGACUACCGAGUCGUUGUCUUUGACACGCACUCCUUUCAGAAGCAGAUAACCAGCAACCCGGCUGCGUUUGGUAUCGAUCCAGACUGGCGAACGCCGGUGUAUACGCCGCCAUCAGAUUCACUACUGUUUGGCGACGAGCAGCACCAACAACCACAGCUCAUCAGCCCAGAUACAAAGCUGUUCGUGGACUCUGCGCACCUGGCAAGGCGGGCGCAGGAAUUGCUGGCCGAUCAAGUCAUCAACGCACUCGCAUUGGAGUGAAAGCAAAUCCUUUUUCGUUUUGUAUGCAAUUAUUUAAGCACUUCCACGCACUGCAGAGGAAAAUGUAUUCACAACGCAGCGUCAAUCAAAAAAUUAGAAAUUGC